UUUUCGUUCGACUUUCAACGAGUAGACGUCAAUUUCUGUGUCCGCAAUGCCUCCUAAGACUAGUGGUAAAGCUGCUAAAAAAGCAGGAAAAGCUCAAAAGAAUAUUUCCAAGACCGAUAAGAAAAAGAAGCGUAAGAGGAAGGAAAGUUAUGCCAUUUACAUCUAUAAAGUAUUGAAACAAGUGCAUCCUGAUACUGGUAUUUCCAGUAAGGCUAUGAGUAUCAUGAACAGUUUUGUAAAUGAUAUUUUCGAAAGAAUUGCUGCCGAAGCUUCCCGUUUAGCUCAUUAUAAUAAACGGUCAACAAUUACUAGCAGGGAAAUUCAAACCGCAGUACGUCUAUUACUUCCUGGAGAAUUAGCUAAACACGCCGUAAGUGAAGGUACCAAAGCUGUUACUAAAUAUACAAGUUCUAAGUAAUCCUACUACUUCAUAUUACAAAUAUAAAAAACGGUUCUUUUUAGAGCCACAA